CUUCCUGUUUCCCUUCUCUUCUCUUGCGUCACCGCAGACCGGUGGCGUUUUAAGCUUCGGAGAAGCGCGGAAGAUCCUGCCUCAGCCAAUCGCGCGGCUGCUGCCGCGAGACGUUUCCCGCCUCCACUGCCUCAUAGGCCAAUGAGAACUCUGCCCUUCUUCUGCGCCCCGCCCUCGAGCCGCUCGGUUCUCGGACGGAGUUCCGUCAACACGUGACGUCACGGUGACGUCACGUAGCAGAAAAGGGCGGCAUGAAAGAGCAACACGGUCUGUUUCGACGCACGCGCACGACUCCACCGCUUCACACGCAACCGGAUGCGGGAGCUCCAGCUCUCGCCUCGUGUCUAGGUGGCUGUACUCAGGUGACUAUAUUUAGAUUUGGAGGUUUCUGCAAGUUCAUCCUUGCGUUUCACCCUUGAACCCUGUGUCAUGUAAAGUUGAUCAAGAUGCAUCAAAAACAGCUGACCUCCUCACUGAAUUGCCCAGAGAGGAACAGCAUGUAGGCUGUUGUUUGGUUCAGAGACAUGAGAUGAUCCUGAAGCUGAGGGCUGCAGAAAUGCCUUUGUUUUGUGGUGUUCAGCAUGAGCUCUCACCUUCUCUCUAAUCCCCCCCACGCUCACGCAUGCAUCAACACCCAGUCCUUUCACAUGCAAACACUCCGGUCCUCCUGAUGCUCAUGAAUGAAAAUACACACUCAGAAGGUCACAUUCUCAGAUGCAUGCGGAAACAAACACACGCAGCCGUGUCUCUCUGCCCUUGUGAGGACCUCUCAUGGCCGUGGCCCUUCCCCCAGCCUCUCCCUCUAAACACACGGCUCACCUGAACCAGGACUCUGGACCAAAACAAAGCUUUUCUCACAAGGAGGUGGUCCUCACAAGAAUAGAUAAACCAGUGCCCCAUACACAGCCAGACAGACUGGCUCUCUAAGUUCGAGCUCUUUAAUGGUGAGGGUGAAAGACAGAAGCAGGGGCAAGGGUCCUCACAGUCUGGACCGCGGCGGCUCCGGACUGCCCAUUGUCAUGGAAGCAGGUCGACCCCAAACACGUAGCCGACUGAUUCCGCCAUCGGGUGAGAUGUUCAGUCGAACGUGAGUGACAGGUGAAGGUGUCGCCUCCAGGAUGAAGACGUGAUUGUGAUGUGGACGAAGCUGUGGAAAAGAGAGUGUGAGGCGCGGCUGACGGAGGUGCAGCGAACUGAGCUCUGCUCAGGAAAGGCCACCCAUUUACUUUCACCUUUCACCUGUUGGACACUUCCAUUGGGAAUGGAGGAGCCAGCACCCCUGCAGUGCACCCUUGUGGAUGCAGUCGAACCAGUUCCACACCACCAAGUUACUGUGACGGGCUCAACAAAAGCAACAACCCUCCACUGAGUGGGACUCCCUGAAUGACAGACAUCCUCAAAGAAGUGGAGACGUGGACCACGCAGAGCCUGACUCCUGUAGUGAGACUCAUUUGUCGGUGGGAGGAGUGAGCAGAACAACAGCAGAUGGCAAGAAAAACCUUUAUUUCAGCACCAGGGUCGCGGGUGCUGGAAUACCUGAGAUACAGUGGGUCAACACAGGAGGACAAGGCAGCAGCAGCAGCAGCAGCAGGGCAGGUCACGCGGUGACAGCAUCACACUGGUUUGGUGGUCCGGUUGUACACCAGGUUGUCCUGCUCAGACAGGCUGGUGCGGGCCAGGCCCACAGCCACCGGCUGCCUGGAACGUUCUCGUCUGGACUUCAGGAAACAGUAGGUGAGAACUGCCAGCAGAGCCAGGAUGGUCACAGCCAGAACAACCGCCAGUGCGAUGGACCCUGUGGUAACAGGCCUGUUAUGUUCUGACUGACACACACACACACACGCACACACGCACGCACGCACGCCAGCCACGUGGGCCAGUCGUACCCGAGUCGCUCCCCUUCGGCUCCUCGUAGCGCUCGAACAUUCCUCGGGCGAACACGUUGUGCUCUACGGAGAAAGAGCGCUUCUCAUCAAUCCCCAGCAACUUGAAGGGCAUGUGACUGUCGCGUGCACCGUACCUGUGACCCCGCGGCAGGUUUCCUGACACUUCGCCUCAUCCUCAAAGUUGUUGUCGUUUUGGUUGCAGCCUCCGUAUGUGAAGCGCUGACACACGGUGUUGAGAGGGUCGUAGUACCAGCGGGUGAAGCUGGCACGGCAAGGACCUGUGCGUGGAGGCUCGAUACACCGGGCUGAGAGAGAGAGGAGCGAGGAAGAGACACACAAACAGAGAGAAGAGAGAGAGGGGGAGGGAGAGAGGAGGGAGAAAGAGAGAGGGAUGGAGGGAGAGCGAGAGAGAGACAGAGAGAAAGAGAGACAUACACACACACAGAAGAGAGAGUGAGAAAGACACACAAAUAGAGAGAGGGGAGAGGAGCAGAGAGGGAGUUCAGAGACGUACACACAGAGAGAGUGAGAGAGAGACACACAAACAGAGAGAGACAUACACACACACAGAAGAGAGAGUGAGAAAGACACACAAAUAGAGAGAGGGGAGAGGAGCAGAGAGGGAGUUCAGAGACGUACACACAGAGAGAGUGAGAGAGAGACACACAAACAGAGAGAGACAUACAGAGAGGUAGACAUACACAGAGUGAGAGAGAAAGACAGACAGAGAGAGAGAGAGAGAGACACAGCUGCAUGUUAGCAUCAUCCAGAGAGCUCAACUCAACCAAGUUACUGACCUUUAUUCUCAUUUACAUUCACUUUCAAGAGCCGUGUGAAGGUCUGGUUCACUGAGGAGGAUCAGCAAGUCAUCAGUGUGUGUGUGUGAGAACAGAGAGUGUGUGUGUGGGGGGGUGUCUCACGCUGGCUGCAUCGCUCUUCGUCUGCUCCAUUAGCACACUGUUGGACGCCGUCACACUCCAGAGAUCUGUCCAGGCAGCAGUUGCUGUGACAGCUCAGUUGGUCAGGAAGGCACACGGCCCCACAGACCUCUGACACACACAGACACACACAUCACAACUUGUCCCAGUCCAGAUGAGGGGCUUGGUGCUUCUUACCUGGGCUGGGGGAAACGCUCCUCUCUCCCGAGGAGGCUGUCACAAGCAAAAGGUUCAGGGGUGAGAGGACCGGCUGCCGCGCACGCAUGUGUGUUUGUGGGUUACCUGUCACUCCGCUGCACGCCAACAAGCACUCUUUCUCAGAGAGAUAGUUGUUGUGAUUUUGUUUACAUCCGCCAAACACGAACUGCUCGCACGCUCCUCUGGCUGCGUCGUAGUGCCAGCGAGGGAAGGCCGCGCGGCACGGACCCACCUUCACCGGUGCCAGGCAGUACUCUGCAAGUCCACACACGAACACAGCGCUCGACAUGGGCAGACCAACAACACGCCACACAGUGGCUCAACAACUGGGAUCCACUCGCCGUGGGUCCUGGUGCUUAGGUUUCAGUGUGGCUCAGAGGGUGCAGGUGUGUUUUGGAGGGGGAAGCAUUGUGACAGUGGCAGGUCCUCACAAGGAUAGAGAGCCCGAGUGCGUGCGUGUGUGUGUGUGAGAGAGAGCGAGUUCCUGUCAGACCAGUCUGGGUGUGGCUACUCACUGCUCGUCAUGUCCGGGCUCAGCACCAGCACACUGACCAGAGCGGUGCCGCUCCGCUGGUUGGAAUCUGAGACAGUCAGCUGGAACUUGUAGGAUCCAGGCUGAAGGCCGGAGACCUGAAUCUGGUCGGGGUGCUCCGUCUUCUGCACGAUCACACACGCGCACAGCAGUGAAGGCAACUGAGGGCUCCGCCCCACGCGGCAGGCCGGUCAUACCUGCAGGUCCACAGAGGAGUUGCCGCUGUGGAGUCGCCAACUGUAGUCGGUGAUGUGAGCGCUGCCCAGCGCCAGACUCUCGAUCCCGUUCAGCGUCACGGUGACGCCUGGCCUGACGACCACGUCGCGGCCAGCGUUGGCGAUGGGCGGUGACAGUUCACCUACACAAUACACACGUUAGUAGACUGACGACACGUGACCGCCCACCACUUCCUCACCUGAGGGACCCUCCAGGUGCUUGUCGAACACCGAGGUCCGGAUGUAGCUCUGGUAUCCGGCCUCGUUGACAAACCUGCACACAAACAGGUUGUUGCGGACGCAGUCGAACAGGAGGCAAGAGAGGCCGCCGCCCUCCAGCCCCGCGGCGGCGGCCCGCGGUUCCAGCAGCGCCACAUUGCACCGCGGGUCUGCGCAGCAAGCGCGCUCACACGCCGCUGGGGUGGACGCAUGCGCCGUGGAGAGCAAGAGCGCUCCCCCGUUCACCGCGUCCUGCAGGUCCAAAACAAAGUCCGGUUGGCCACUUCGGAACGCCAGGUGACACGCGGCAUCCUCCUCGGAUCGGACGCGCGGCGGCAUCCGCAACAGGCGGAGGAGGAGGAGCGCAGAGAAAAGGCGCAGAUGAUUCAUGUGACCUGUGAGAGGGUCCCUUUUUAGAGGCUCCUUCCGAGGGUCCGGGAUCCGACAGUCCUUCUCCGAGCUGAGCAACAGGCUGGGCGGACUCUCGAGUGGCCCAGGAAGAGCGACAUGACAGCGGCCACGCCUAUCUGUGACGUCGCACAGGUGCGUGCCAGCAGCUCUGAGUGUUGACCUGAGAAACUGACGAGUGCAGUCCGAGUCCGUGGAGACAGGGUCGAUCAGUUGGUGAAAUUCUCGUAGUAUUGUUGGCGAGAUUUCUGGUGGCCCGUCGAGAACAGUGCUACUGCUGUGAUUCUUUUACUACUGUUUAGAAGCCGACAGUUUUACUCAGAGAAAUGUGUCCGACGCUCAAGUCAGCGCAGCGCAGAGAUACUGCAGUUCAUCCUCCGCCCGCAGAGCGGCGCUAGACUUAUACGCGGAUGACGUCACGGCAUUUUGAACCACCGGCGGUUCCGCUGACAAAACAGUUCAAGUUCCGAGUGAGGCCCGCUGGAGUCAGUCCAGGCUGUGUUUCUUCAAGCGAACUCAACGGAACCGAGCGGCUCUGCUGAACCCGGAAGAUAGCGACGACGUUCAGGGGCGGCUCCGUUGGCUGCUGUGACCGGUCUCCUCGUGUCCGUCAGGUUCAAGGCGAGUCGGGUUCCUGUCGAGAUGGAGUCGCCGGGUUCGUGCUCGCAGGAAGCGGCGCGGACGCUUAUGUCCCGACAGCAGAGCGAGUACUGCGCCGAGCUCCUGCAGCGAGACGGGAUGGAGCGCAGCUUCGAGGAAGCGAGAGCCCAACGUUUCUUCCAGCGCCGCCAGCUGCUGCUCGACGAAAAGCUUCAGCGGCUCCGAAUGGCCCAGGAGUGUUUGAGCUCGGAACUGGAGGAGAAGAAGAGGCUACUGCAUCAGCGGCUGACUCAGGGCGCUGGCCAACCUCCCUGUGGACCAGGAUUCCAGGUUUAUGACGAGUCUGAGAGCCAGCCACUGAGCACUGGGAGUCAGCUGCAAGACGACGUCUUCUUGAGACCUGGUGAGACAGGACUGGCUCUGAGAGUUCAGUGUCCUGAAGCAGAGCGUCUCCACGUCUCUGAUCAGAAGCAAGGUGGGACCAUAGUCCAGGUCCGGUCCAGCACGCCCGCUGGAGCUGGUGAGAAGGUGCACGCCCUGCCCGAAGAGGAGCCCAUGGCUCUGAUGGUUGGGCACCCUGGAGCAGUCUCACAGAAACUUCCCAAGUCCAGGACAAAUCUCAGUCCCAUUGAGGAGGCAGGAGAUUCCAGUUCUCUGGUGGAACCCCCAGGACCUCCUGGUGACACAAGUGACUCUGCUCUACGGCGCAAGCUUCUGGAAGGUCUGGAGUCCAUGUCUUGUCCUGACCUUCACUCAGGGCUUGGUCUGGCCCCGGCAGUGGAGGAACACAGUCCCUUGCUGCUGGGGGACCGGCGUUUCCUGGUCCAGUCCCGCCUGCUGGAACACCAAAGCUUCUCCAUUUAUGGAGCCGUGACACAAGAGAGCAGUGUCAUUCUCAAGGUGGAGAAGGAUUGGAGCCUGUGGGACUUCCACAUGAUCCGGCGUCUGAAGACCAUGUCUCCUGAAGCUGCGCCUGAGAUCAGCUGCUACCUGUUUGAGGACAGCUGCAUCACCGUGUACCGGGCGCCGCCAGGCUGCAGCAUCUCGGUGCUCCAAGAGUGUGUUGCUGGUGAAGAUUCCCUGCAGAAGCUGGUGCCUUCUCUGUUGCACCUGCUGUCUCUCCUGCGGUCCUGCGGUCUGGUCCAUGGGGACCUCCAGCCGGGGGUCCUGGCUUGCGUGAACAGUGAUUUGCUCCACUCCACCUGGUUGUUCCCGCUGAAGUGGUCAUCCUCCGUGGACCUGGACCUUCAGAGGGACGUGGUGUCCCUCCAGCAGCUCCCUGCAGCUCAGACCUACAUCAGCCAAGGAUUCCUGGACCCCAGCGCUUCUCCACACCAGUUGGAUCAGGUGGGCGUGGCCCAAACCAUCCACCUCCUUCUGACCAGCAGGCCCAUGGUUCCUGUGGAAGACAGCCAGGGCUGGACCGCCCGGGACUUCAAGGAAGAGCGCAGAGGAGACACGACGUGGCGCCCGCUGCUCCGCGCUCUACUGUCGGCUGGGACGUCUGAGAUUCUGGAGGGGCUCACCUUCUAAGAGCUUGUUUGGUUUUUCUGAAUCUUAAAUAAAAAUCGUAUUCAUGUUAUGGAAGUGUUUUUGUUUAUGAUUCUAAACUGUGGUGAAACUUUUCCACAGACAGCUGUGGUCAUGUGACCACACAAGGGCAAGAGACUGCUUGCAGGAACCGCACGAGUUUUGAUG